AUGCCAAAAGCACGAAAAAAAGCCAUACCCGUUACUCAACGAUCCACCCAAAAAGCAACGCAAAAAUUUAAACAAUCAUCAGCCGAAACAGCAAGGUUGAUUCGACGAUUCCAUGUUUUGAAUAAAGAACUCGCCAAAUGCAAAACGGUCACCGAUGCAGUACGAAAACAAGAAAUCCUGACAGAAAUGGAAGUCAUGGGCGGCAUUGACUGGUACCAAAAAGCUUCACAGCUGGGACAAAGCAAACGACGCGGUGGUGAUUCCUCCAAGUGGCUCAUUCUGAUUCUCAACAAGCACAACCUGCGUCCUGCAUCCACACAAAAAGUAUUCAAGCUGCUUGAAGUAGGAGCUGUGGCGCCUGACAACUAUGAGCGCCACAAAUCUUGGAUUCAGGUGAAGCCGAUUGAUUUGAACCCGCAAGAUCCACGUAUCGCAAAGCAAGAUUUUCUGGAAAUGGUUGCACCGUCAAAGAAGAAUGAAAAGUUCAAUAUUGUAUCAUUGAGUUUGGUUGUCAACUUUGUUGGUGAUCCCAAAGAUAGAGGUCGGAUGCUUUUACAUACCCGCGAUUUUUUGAAUAUGGAUGGGCUGUUAUUUCUAGUUUUGCCUCUUCCUUGUAUCAACAACUCGAGAUAUAUGUCGCCCGAACAUUUUAUGACGAUGAUGCAGUCUAUGGGAUAUGGUCUCUGCAUAGAACAUCAUUUUUCAAACAAACUCGCAUACUAUCUUUUCAAGCUGACCAAAGACAACACGAAAUGCCCUGGAUUCAAGAAACAGAUAAUCAAUGACGGAGCCACGAGAAACAAUUUUGCUAUAGUGAUAGAAACCUGA